GUAUUGGCUAUUUUGAUGGAUGUGUUCAGUGAUGCCGAGAUCUUCUGCGAUGUCUUAGAAGCAGCGAACAAGCGGAGGGUCUUUGUCUACCUGCUACUGGACCACAGUAACCUCAAGCUCUUCACCGAGAUGUGCAACAAACUACAUGUCUCGGAGGAUCACUUCAAGAAUAUUUCCGUGCGAAGCGUUACCGGAGAAGUUUAUUGUGCUAAAUCAGGCCGGAAAUUCUCAGGGCAAAUCCAAGAAAAAUUCAUCAUCUCAGACUGGAGAUAUGUUCUGUCUGGUUCAUACAGCUUCACGUGGCUAUGCGGCCAGGUCCAUCGCAACUUCCUCUCCAAGUUCACCGGCCAAGUGGUGGAGCUGUUUGAUGAGGAGUUCCGUCACCUCUACGCCACGUCUAAGCCCGUGGCCGGGCUGAGGCCCCCAUCACACACCACGCCCGUCUUGCUCAACAAGACCACGGCGGCUACCCAGGGCAGCCUCACCAGCAGCAGCAACCGAGGAAGAACCCACACCCGGUCGGAUCUGUGCAGCAGCGGGUCAAACCACAGCUCCUCGCCACCCAAGCAGCCUCCCAGGUCUCCCGCUUACAACGGGCCCCCACUUUCCCCUCCUCCGCUCAACAGAGCCCACCCUUUCCAGGGCUACACCACGUUCAAGACAACCCCGCCGCCGAGCGGCGUCCAGGUCAACUACUACCAGCGACAGUACAUCACCGAUUCACCGGUGGCCCUUUACAACAAUGUGAACCUCUACAGGUCCAUGAGGAUCUGGCCGGAGGACGGCAACAGGGCUCCGCUGAACCCAGUCUGGAGGUGUCUUCAGAAAGCAAACUUGAUAAGAUGA